CUUAUAUGUAGUGUUCAGGCUUCUUAUCUGAUCUAUGUUGAAGUUCUCGAGUUGUCAACGGUUGACUCCUCAUCAAACGCGUUAAAGACGUCAGACAGCACCACGUGUCUUCUUCAAACAAGGCCUCAUUGUAGCAUUACCAAAUUGACUCCUCAACAAACGCGUUAAAGACAUCAGACAACACCACAUGUCUUCUUCAAACAAGGUUUUUGUCGACAUAAACAGAUUAGAGAAUCCAUCUGUACAAUUAUAAAUUAUGGAAUUUAUUUACACUGGCAGAUCAAAUAUUGGCAAAAAUACAGUACAACAGCCUAUCAAAUUCCAAGCAAAGAAGUAACGACACACGCAUUUUACACAUGAUGACUGCUAAAUCAAUUAGUGGAAUAUGCUGUGAAUGGGGAAAUUGUCUCAAAUUUUCUCGUGCUGAGACAUUGACAUUAAAAUCAAUAAGUAAAGUGGAAAUAUUUGACCACUUGCUAGAACAUCGUGCAAUCUCAGUGAUCAAGGAAGAUUGAAUGGAAUUUAGUUUACAUAACGUCGCGUCGUGUAAAUAACACAAAUAUCCUUAUUAAAUCAAACUGCGUGAUAAUCCAUGUCAAAUUCCCAUGAGUAAAUUUUCUCAAUUCAUAAUAAUAUAGAUCAUUACGUUAGAAGUGAUCCCAUGGCGUUGAUAUCUAUCAAUUGAGAAAACGCAAGUGGCGAUGAAUUAGGCAGCGUAUUUGUCCUUGUGGAUGUUUGUUCACACAUUAUAUUCUCGACAAGAAUGUAAAUUGAGAAUCAUCAGCACUGUAAACUCGCUAUUGGUAUGUAAUUAUAAUAAUUUGCGCAUAGCCCUGCACUAUUAAUGUUUUUUGAUUUUUUCGUUAAUUGUGUACAAAGUGUAAGGUAGUUUGUGUUGCUUCGUGUGAGUUGAACAAGAUGUUUCUGUUGGUGAUGUUAUCUAUUUUUGUCAGAACACAAUCAAUAUCUCGACAAGAAAGAGCAUUUUUUGUGGGAAGAGCUUUGAAAGUGGUACCUGCUGGUGGUUACUUUCGGCAAAAUGAACAAGUUACAUUGUCAUGUAAUAGUACAGACGAACAUCAUCAGCCUUUUCCUGUUAUUUGGUUCAAGAAUAAUUUAAUUAUUGCCUCAAAUGGAUCUAAUGUCAUCAUUGAUGAUUAUAGAUCUUUGACAAUUAUAAAGUUUCAGCAAGAAGAUGAAGGCUUUUAUCAUUGUGAAACUCACCAAGAAAAGUUUUAUACAGCCCAGUUGUUCCUGUCAUAUACAGCAUACCGCUUUAUUUCGUUCAACAUCCAGUCAACGUAACUAUACAACGUGGUUCUGUUGCGUCUUUUUAUUGUUUUGCUGAUGGAAGUCCCAAACCUUCAAUAACAUGGUUGAAAGACAGCGAACCCUUGUUAUCAGGACAGAAUUUUGGUAAAAUUCAAGUUUUGGAAGAUGGAACAUUGGAAAUUGGGAAUGUUCAACUACAAGACGAAGGAUUGUACACGUGUGUUGCGAGAAAUAGCAUGAAUGAAUCACGUGAGAGCCAUGCAAGUCUUACUGUAAUGUAUCCACCAAGCAUUUUAAACAUAAGCAGUAACAUUUCAGUGGUAAUAGACGCCCCACUUUCUGUUGAAUGCAAAGUUAAAGGCUAUCCUGAGCCCACGAUCACUUGGAUUGUAAAAAGUGAUAUAGACCGUGGGUUUGUUCAGACAGUUACACAUGAUGGAGUACGUCGAUUGUAUAUUCCUAAAGUAUCAGAUCAUCAUCACGGAAAAGUUGUUUGUGAGGCGAAGAAUAAACUUGGGAUUGCGAAAAAAGAAUUGUUUUUAGACGUUCAAAGACGAAAGUGCAAUGUGAAAACUGAGUUCAGUUGUGACUACAUUGGUAAGAGAACCAUCUGUAUUCCCAACGUUUGGGUUUGUGAUAUGGAUAAUGACUGUUCUGAUGGUUCUGAUGAAUUGAAUUGUGUGGACCUACAGCAAUGUUCAUCAUUGUACGACUUUCCCUGCAGUAAUGGACGUUGUAUUCCUUGGAGUUUGACGUGUGAUGGUGAUAAUGAUUGUGGAGAUAAUACUGAUGAACAUAAAGAUUCAUGUUUUCACAAAUGCAAAACAUCAGUCUUUUUUACUUGCCGCAAUUGGAAAUGUAUUCCAAAGAUAUGGCGUUGUGAUCAACAUGAUGACUGUGGGGAUAGCAGUGACGAAAUGGGAUGUGACAAAAUAAAAAAAUCCUGUGCGACAUCCGAAUUUCAAUGUGUAAAAAGUAAGAAAUGCGUCAAGAAAUCGUGGGUUUGUGAUAAAGAAAAAGAUUGCUCCGAUGGCUCAGAUGAAAAUAACUGUGAAUAUGCCGCUUGUGGAGCUGAUUCAUUAAAGUUUCCUUGUAGUAAUGGUGAAUGUAUUCCGUUGCCAUGGAAAUGUGACGGUGAAUACGAUUGUACUGACAGAUCUGAUGAAAAUGAAUGCAAAGAAAAACCAUCUAUUGAUGGUGAAGUUAUGACGAGUAAAUGUAGUAAAAAUGACCACAAAUGUGAUGGUGUAUGGUGUAUUCAUAGUUCAUGGUUGUGUGAUGGUGAAAGAGAUUGUCGUGAUGGUUCUGAUGAAAGAAAUUGUGGUAAUUCACUUGUAUCUCGUUCACGAUGUCAGCAAGAUGAACACGAAUGCGAUGAAAAAUGUAUCGCAGGGAAUAAGAUAUGUGAUGGUACUACAGAUUGUCUUGAUCUAUCUGAUGAGAAAUUUUGUAAAGAAUAUAUUCUCUACAGUUCUCAGACCAGCAUAAACAAGCUCGAUCUACAGAGCUAUGUUUCAACUGUUCUCAUCAGUGAACUAUCAAAUGCUGUGGCAAUUGAUAUUGAUAUCGAACAGGAUAUGGUAUAUUGGACUGAUAUAAACCAAGACAAAAUACAACGUGCAAAUAUUGGAACACAUAAUCAAUCAUUGGAGAAUGUAAUUCAGUAUAAUUUGGAAAGUCCCGAAGGAAUUGCCGUUGACUGGAUAGGGAAAAAAUUGUACUGGACUGAUAGAAUUCCCGGAAAGAUUGAAGUGUCUGAAUUAAAUGGAAGAAACAGAGCAAUUUUGAUCAGUGAAAAUGUUCAUCGACCAAGGGCUAUUGUUGUUCAUCCUAAAGACAGAACCUUGUUUUGGACUGAGUGGGGGAAAGUCGCUCAAAUCGAGCGAUGUGGAAUGAAUGGUGAUGCAAAGACUCGUGUUGUUUUAGUCAAGGACAACAUUUACUGGCCUAAUGGAAUAGCCUUGGAUUAUCAAACUGAAAGACUAUGGUGGGUGGAUGCUAAAAUAGCAAAAAUUGAAAGCGUGAAUUUGGAUGGAACAAAUAGAAGAACGGAACUGGACGGAAACGAUAGAGAUCUUGGUCAUCCAUUUUCUUUGGAUGUCUUUGGUGAGGGUAUAUUUUGGAGCGAAUGGCGACAAAAUUUCCUUUAUCGUAGCACGAAAAAAGAUUUAGACAAGAUAGCGAUCAUGAAACGUUUAAAAAAUAUGAUUCCUAUGGAUAUAAAAGUUGUUCAUCCACAUCAACAAAUAAAAGAACUCAAUCCAUGUGGUUUAAAUAACGGUCAAUGUAGUCAUUUAUGCUUGCUAUCUCCUAAUAAAGAGCAACAGUUUUCUUGUUUCUGUCCUACUGGUAUGAGACUAUGGAAAGAUAAUAAAACAUGUACCAUAGAAGAUAGCCCACCCUACAUUUUAUUUGCAAAUGGUGAAGGAAUAUUUUAUUCGGACAUUAAUCUACAACAUAUAAGUCCUGUAUUAGCAGGACUUGCUGGAGGUGUUGCUGCAAUUGAUAUUGAUGUAAAGAACCAGUAUCUUUAUUGGUCUAAUGUAGUUAACGACACCAUAGAGCGCGUAUCGUUGAGUCAUAUCGGCGCUGUAGAAACUGUCAUAAAAGAUUAUCUUGAUUUAGUCGACGGAAUUGCUUUUGAUUGGAUGAAUAGGAAAUUAUAUUGGACAGAUGGUGGAAGAAAAGUUAUAGAGGUUGCUGAUCCUGAAGUGAAGAACUCUAGAUUAACAUUGAUAGACGAAAAUCUCAGUAAACCAAGGGCAAUUGUAUUGCAUCCUAAGAGUAGAUACAUGUACUGGAGCGACUGGGGCUCAAAUCCUCAGAUUGAACGAUGUGGCAUGAAUGGAGACUUAAAAACACGAAAGGUUGUUGUCAAAGGUAUGUUUGGAUAUCCCAAUGGAUUGGCCAUCGACUACCGAGAAAAUAAACUUUGGUGGGCGGACGCCAUGUUGGAUAAGAUUGAAACGUCAAAUUUGGAUGGUUCGCUGAGAAGAAUUGUUUUGGUUGAGGAAUCUAUCCAUCCAUUUGGUUUGGUUGUUUAUAACAAUUCUGUUUUAUGGACUGAUUGGGUGGGAAAUAAAAUAUAUAAAGCUGAUAAAUUGCUGGGAAAAAUCUACUUCUCUAAAGAUGUUGGAUCAUACACACCAACUGGAAUUCGAGUUGUUUACAAGAAUAUGCAACCCAAAGAGUCAAAUCCAUGUGGACGAAAAAAGAAAGGUUGCAGUCAUCUCUGUUUGUUGAAUCCACAACUGCCAUAUUACAGUUGUCGUUGUCCUAAUGGCAUGUUUAUGCAUUCAGACAAUAAAACAUGUCACAGUUUUGGAUGAUGUCAUCAUUGACAUAGGUGUAUUGGCAGUUAAACUAUUGGGGGGAUUAUUUAAUAAAGUAGUUUCAACAUACUAAUCCAGACAUUUGCUUUAUUAACCAUGAUUUAACUUUUGUAAUUUGUUCAUUAGACAAAAUUUAUUGAAAGCAUAA